AUGAAAUUAGCUAACUGUUAUAACCAUUCUCUCCUCCACGAAAAAGAUGACUGCCCCUUGCUCAGGAAUGGAGCUCAAAAGGUGGAACCCUAUAAACUUGGAAUCAACCAACGUAAUGCACUCAUGAGGAUAGAAGCGGACAAGAGAAAGCACGAUGAAAGGAGAGGGUACGUUAGACCCUCUGAUCUUCGUCCUUCCGAACCUCGACGCCACAUCUCCGAUGAUGGCCACCGAAGGGGCUCAGCCCGUUUUGCAUCUCGACGUUCUGAAAACCCCUCUUCAGGGUAUCGUGCUGCUCGCUACUCGGAGGAUUCUCGUGACCGCUACUCUGGACGGAGAUCAAAUUAUUCCUCAGACUCCUUGAGGCACCGUUCUGAUUUGGUAUACCGUGCUCGUGAAGUUUCUUCUGGAAGACGCCCUGUUUUGGUCGAUCAACUACAAACAUCCGCUGGUAAUAGCGGUAAUUCGAAGGAAAGAAGACCAGCGCUGGAACGUAUCUCGGAGCCUCAGUCCCCAUUUCUUCCUGAUCAGAACACUCAAAACUCUGCUGGUAAUAGCGGUAACUCUAAGGAAAGGAGGUCGGCUCUGACACGUAUCUCGGAACCUCGUCCUCUGGCGCUCGCUCGAAUAGGAGGUACCUCGAGCUUGGAGUCAGGGCGCCUCCAGGAUGUGGAGAUCCAGUACCUAGGGAAUGAGAAUGAAGAGCUCCUGCCCCGCAGAAUUUCAAGGACCUCUACUGAAGUCCCUGAUAUUAUUGUUAACUCUGGUCCCGAGAGAAUCGCAACAAGGGAAGACUCCACUGGUGAUCUUGCGACGGACAUAAUUCAUCUCUCUCUGAGGCUGGGAGCGCGGAGUGCUACAGCUGAGGGAUCGGAACGUAAAUUGGCCACUAAAGGGACUGCUACUAAAACCGCGGCAAAGCGCAGGACCACCAAAGCUCAAGCUGCAAAACGGAUCACUAAACCCACCUCGCAAGAAUCUGUGCUUGGAUAA